CCGGCGCGGUUGCGGUGAGCGACAAGCGCACAAACAGCGGACGACGUGCUCUGAGGUACAGUACGUGUGCGCCUGUCUAUUCCUUCAUGCAGAUCUUCAGCACUUGCUGCAGAUGCCAUGGUGCAGAUGUAUCAGAGGGAUGGCAUUGAAUGAGUGAAUGAUUCAUCACUGUGGUCUGCUGGGCUCGUGUGCGUGCGUUACAGGUGCUCAGCAUUUGACCCGAACGAUCCAUGGCGGUGAUUGUCUCUCACCCGUCACUCACUUCAGCUGCCUAAGUCCGUGAUGCUGGUGCAGGAGGGUUUUGUGCUGCUUCUGCUGGCUGGUGGGGCCUCCACCUUCUCGAUGCUCUCGCCGACGGGACUUCGCCGACGCGCCACCUCUCAGCAGCGUCCGGUCGGUGCCUGAAUGAUGGAUGGGUCAAUCUGAUCUGAACGGACACUGAUUGCUGGUCCGUGUUUGCAAACAACCAAUCAGAUGCGGCGCAUUGGCAAGUCCUGGCACUCGAUGACAAGUGCAUCGAAAGAGGAGGAGGGUGCCGCGAGUGCCGCUCCCCACGUGGUGGCACCGCACCCGUCAAAAAGGUGCAGCCACGUGGUAAUCCCGUCACUCACUUAUGAGCGAACGCUGUCCUUGACCUGUGUGCACGUGUGUGUGUCUGCAAUCUGCAGUCUGCAGGCGCCAAGGAGGACAGCAGUUCGCUCGGCCCGCUGCCACGAGUCGUGGUUCCAAAGAAACUGAUGGACUUCCUCUAUUCGUUACACGUGCCAGGGGACAAAAGAAGAGGCAUCACGGGCAGGUAAGUACAUGUAUGUCAGAGAGAAAGAAUGUGAGUGCAUUCAUUGCUUCUCAUUGAUAGCAUUCAUUCAUUCAUUUGUCCAUCCAGGUUGCUCGAGUACAUGGGCCGCUCAGAGACAAUGACCAGCAUGGGGUACAUGCAUGAGUAGAUGUCCUUUGUAGAUUGAUCUCUCUGUCUGUGUCUGUGUGUGGUAGGUACCACUUCUGGCCUCUGGUAGGAGAAGACACACUCACUAGGUGGUGGUGCAUCACGUGUGCUUCCCGACCCCUCUUCAUCCAGCCCUUCUCUCUGUCUGUCUGUCUGUCUGUCUGUCCAUUAUGCAGAUGGCAGAGAUGGUGCGGCAGACUGACUGGCGCGUGAGGGUCUUUGCUGUGGACCCUCCUGACAUGUAUGCGCACGACGAGUGUUUCUUCCUGAUAAUACAAAAGGACGGCACUGACGGCCGAACCCACAGAGGGUACGCACAUAACAUACGCACACACGACAACGAUGGAUGAAAAGGAGACGCAUCGCAUAUAUCCACCACUUGGUGCCCACGCGCAGGGAAGGAACGCAGUUUGCUGUGCUGGCGGGCAACCACCCUACUGACACGGCGUGCAAGCAGCUCAAGGAGCUCGUCCGCAGAGACAACAUCACCCAGGCAAGCAGCCACAUACGCCAAGCCCAAGCCAGACGGACACGGUCUUCCUGUGUCUGAGCUCGAGUGUACCUCGUAGCCAAAUUAAUGGAUUCCUUUCUUCCUGCGUGUGUGUGCGCCUUGGUUCAGUGCGCCUUGGUGAUGAAAGGCGCUGUGUGGACCAUGAUGUACUACGACAGGGAUAGGGACAGGCUGAUGCCGACCAUGGGCAGGCCAAUCGGCAACAUAGACGUCAACGUCAGCAAAGACGGGUCAGAGCAGCUCGGAGGCUAUGGAGCCCAGACCGUUGUGGACUAUGUAAGCAUACAAACUCACACCUCGAUAGAGACGAACACACACAGCAGCAGUCAUGCAAUCAAACAUCUGUACUUAUCGUCGAUUAUCGACAGGUUAGAGAGGCCCGACCAUAGGGAGGUUGCGGGCUACGCCGGUCUUUUCCCCUGGGAGAAGAACGAGGCAGCUGUUGAAGCAGCGAGGGAUGCAGUGCAGGAGAUGUCCGAUGAUGGAUGGGGAGGCAGUGAUUGAUUGAGCGGGUAGCCACCGCGGUGUAGGUAUUUAUGUCAAUUGGUAUAUAGGCAGAUCACUCCCAUAGACAGACAGACAUACAGACGAGUGUGCCUUUUUCGAUGGUCCGUUUGUAAAGCAGCGUAAGAAUCCUACACAUGGGUAGGCAGGAAGCAGUUUUUCCGUAAGCAUCUGUGGCUGACUAACUGACUGACUGACAGGUGAUUGACUCUUCCAUGGCACUGUGUCGAUAGGCUGAGCAUUAACCUCAC